GUUUUUUCAACGCAACACCUACGGACAGAUUUGGAUGACGGACCAGCCUACUUCCGGUUCAGUUGUCAACAGAAGAGGACCACACGUGUUUUCAAUCCCUCAAAAUGCCGAGGCCUCAGAAAGGAAACGGAAAAGCUCCGGACAAGGUUGUUCACCCGUACAGCAGGAAAGCUGCUUACCUGAACCGAGAAGAAAUCCGACUUAAAAAGAAAGAAAGGCAGAGGAGUGACAAAGCAACACGUCUGAGCGGCGUUGGUGAGAAGCUGUUGUGGUUUCAGGAACAGUUGGAUCCAGAAAAGACAACUUACACCAGAAAAGAUGCCUGUGACCUGGUUGAAAGAUACCUCCAAAGGUUUGAUUUGGAACUAGAGCAGAUUGAGCUGGUGAACGGGAUCAAAGGUAGGCAGGGUCGUCUCCAUGGCGCCAGAGAGGCUGUCAUUAAACAGACCAUCGAGCGAGAGAGAGCGCAGUAUGAGGGCGUCGGGUUUGAGAUUCCAGACAUCAUUAAUGCAAAGAAUCUGAAAACAUUCAGCGAGUGGACUGGUGAUCGGAAGAAACUUCCGAAUUUGAAACUUCGAAAGGUUUCUAACAAAGGUUUGGAAACAAAAAAUGAAGAAGAGGAUAAAGAAGAUGUCGCAGAAGAUGAUAAUGAGGACGAGGAUGAAGAUGAUGAAGACGAUGACGCGCAGGUGGAUGAGAUGGUGCUGAUGUCGGACUGAAACUGACACUCUUCGUAUUUGACUGUAGCUCAAAGCUCCAUUCGUCCAUUCAUCACAAACGACUGGCGCUGGACAUCAGACCAAGUUCAGAAAAUACUUUUUAUAGAUAAAAAGUGUGUUUGUGUGUCUGUGGGGGAAAAAAAUGCGGCUGCUCCAUUAUUGUCCAGAAGAUGGUGCUGAAUUCUCAAAGACAUCAAACUAAACUUGUAUCAGUCUGUCCUCCUUUGAAGUCUUCUUGUUGCUCAGUAACUUCACACUAGCCUGUGAAGGGUUCUACAUUCAUUGUUUAUUGCACAAACAAACUGCAUGUAACCUAAAUACUCAAUUUUAUCCAAUCGGGGAUAGAAAAAAAAAAGGUUUUGAUAGACGUUGUGGCUACAAGACACAGAGAGAAUCUGUGUGAAAUGACAUGGAUAAAAAACCAAAUUAAACCUGUAGAAAAGUGAAUACGUGUAAACAGUCGCCUUAUUAGAGGCAAACCGGUCAGUCACACACACAUUGGGUCAAGUCUGAUGUAAAGACAUGAACGGAUGACAACCAUGAACAAAGUUACAUUAAUGUAUGAUUAACACAACCUCAUAAAACUGCAAACUGUCCAAACAACGUCAAAAAUAUACUUUUAAGAUUAGCUAUUUGAAGAAAUAUUAAAAACUCUUACGAUAAUAAAUACAUUUCUUUUC